CGAAGUUAAAAGUGGUGCUUCACCUUUUAAACGCAGCAGAUGCAGAGCUCUCGUAUUCACUGUGUUGUUAGCAGUGUUGGCGAAACAUUCAAAGAGAAAGUCUUAAAUCAUGCAUGCUUUUACCGUUUUUUGCCCUUUGCUGCUGAUAUGGUCGUGCCAAAUAAAGAAAAGCUGGUCCAAUGUGACUGCUGAAUACCAAAUGCAAGACAAUUCCACAACAGAGAAUGACUAUUCCACAGAGACGGUGGAUUACAGUGAUCUUGAAAUAAUGUGCGAUAGAGGCUCCAACCGUUCCUUCCGCGCUUGGUUCCUGCCCACCAUCUACACCAUUAUCUGCCUCCUGGCCCUCGUGGGAAACUUUCUGGUCAUCCUAACCUACCUUUACUUCAAGAGGCUGAAGACAAUGACUGACGUCUACCUGCUCAAUCUAGCCAUGGCUGACCUGCUGUUUGCAAUUUCUCUCCCCUUCUGGGCAGCUAGUUUCAUGAGUAAGUGGCACUUGGGUCUGUAUCCAUGCAAAGCCAUGUUCACCAUCUACAAGGUGAGCUUCUUCAGUGGUAUGUUCCUACUCACCUGUAUCAGCGCAGAUCGCUAUUUCUCCAUAACAAAGGCUGUCUCUGCUCAUCGCUGUCGCUCCACUGCAGUCUUUUACGGACAGGUGUCUUCUCUGGUUACUUGGGUAAUGGCAGUGAUCUUUGCUGUACCUGACAUGGUGUUCUCUGAAAUCAACAUUAAUGGCACUUGUAUGGCAAAUGGUUCCAACUAUGAAGACUACCGCAUUAGGAUGCUGGUAAGUCAGAUGAUCCUGGGUUUUAUAAUUCCAACGGUUGUCAUGGGGUUCUGUUACACCUGUAUCAUCAAGACCCUUAUCCAAGCCAAGAACUUUGAGAGGAAUAAAGCCUUCAAAGUCAUCAUUGCUGUGGUAUCUGUCUUCGUGUGCAGUCAACUACCCUACAAUGUAGUCAUGGGAGUGACCACUCAGGAAACAACAGAUUGCAACAAGGACAAGAGUCGCCUUUACGCUUUGGAUGUGACCAGAGCCUUGGCCUUCUUGCGCUGCUGCAUAAACCCAUUCCUGUAUGCCUUCAUUGGGGUAAAGUUUCGCAAUGAUCUCCUGAAGCUACUGAAAGACUUGGGAUGUAUCAGCAAGAGCCACCUCAUGUACACCCACUGCGGUAAACGAAGAUCCUCUGUCGGCCUGGACACCGAAACCACAACAACGUUUUCCCCCUGAAUGCUCCUGUCUGUUAAGGACCAGAUUCCAGAAAAACAACAAAAGUUUUGCCUAUGUUACAUAGUGGCAAAUCGAUUCAUAAGCUCCAUUCUGAUCAAGGUGCCUGUGGAGGACCAUAUGGUGCCAUAUACUGGCAGUGUUACUAGUGACUUAUUGUACAAAAACUUCCCGCUUUGUAUCAACAAGCUUCUCACUUCUUGUUAUUGACUGCGCUUCGAGAAAUGUCUAUCACUCUUUGUUAUAUGAUGUAGCCAUUUUGUGUUUAAUAUCUUGUUCUCAAUAUCAAUAUACUGUAUAUUACACCUGCUUUCAAAAAUGUUUAAGGCUAACUAUCCACCAAGUUCCUUUACUCUGUCUGAGAUGUUAUCAAAAUAAAAAUGUUCUAAAAUAAGUGACUUUAUGGCGUUUUGUGUGUUGGAAACAUGUGCACAACAAAAUAGUUUCACCCUCUUCAGUUGCAUGCUAAAUAUAUGUAACGCUAAAAUAAAAACCGAACAGGAGAAAUAAACUUAUAAAAGUACAAACACAGAAUACAAACAUAGAACAUUGUUCACUUGCAUGAAACUGUGAACUAUUCCCUUCUUUGGUUUCUCACCCACCUUAUUAAAGAUGUCAUUUAUACUCAGCGUCUGUGGUCACAGUCAGUACUAUGUGGUUGUGUUGAGUCUGUGUUAAGGCUGUUUCACACGGGAGGCUGCAAGCAUUUACCACUUUCUCUUGUUGUGGAUGGGUUUUGUCCAAUUGAGGCGAUGGUCAAAUUGCGGUCUUCGAGCAGACAUUAAACCAAAAGUUACAACUGUCAACAUCACCUU